AUGCAAUCAAACGGCGAGAUCUUCGCUCAGGAUAGCGAUUUCUGGGACAAUUAUCUCAUCGGCCGGCCAAAGGCACCAGAGUCCUUAUUCGACCGCAUUUUCAGCUACCACCAGAGCAAAGGCGGCGCCUUCGGGACAGCCCACGACGUCGGAGCCGGAAACGGCCCAUACGCCCAGAAGCUGCGCUCCCGAUUCGCCCGUGUCAUCGUCUCAGACAUUGUGGCGGAGAACGUCGAGCUAGCCCGGCGCCGCCUCGCGGGCAGUCCCGGGGGCGGCUUCAGCUUCCGCGUCGCCAAGCUCCAGGACGCGGACGACAUCGAGCCCGGCAGCGUCGACAUGGUCUUCGCCACGAACGUGAUGCACUUCCCAGACCCGCAGGGCGCUGCCAUGGCCACCGUCGCGCGCCAGCUGCGGCCCGGCGGGACAUUUGCCGCGGCCCAGUUUGGCCCGGUGCGCUUCCACGAGCCCGACCUGCAGGACCUAUGGGCCCGCAUCAGCCACGAGGGAGGGCGUCAGCUCCUGAAGGGGGUCGAUGACCCGAGUGAGACCAUCCGGGUCAUGGGUCGGACGCAGGGCACGGCCAAUAUCGCGCCGCUUUCCCCGGAGUUCUUCUUGCCGGGGGCGCAACGUAUACAUCUGAAUAUGGACAAGGGUGGUAUCCAGGGGGUGUUGCCGCCAGAAGAAACCUCCCGUGAUACCCAGCCGGACUAUACAGGGCCGGGAGAUGUCGUGCUUUACGAAAAUGAGGAAGGAUGGACGUUUGAGGCGGACUUGGCUGGCGUCAAGGCUCAUUUUGGCUCAUUCCCAUUUGUCUCGCAGUUUCCCGGCGCAUUCGAAGACUUGUACAAGGAUCUGGAGGCUUUGAUGGCACACGAGAGGAUAGCCAAGGGUUAUUUUCCGGCCAAGAUCAUCCUGGCGACAAGAUGUUGA